AUGGACCACAGCCCGGCCAUGGGCAUCAACUCCGGGUUCCCACUCACGCUGCCAAGGGACAUUCCAGAGCCCAUGCUGAGCUGGGCAGGCCGGGGCUUCAGAUACCAGCAGCAGCAGCAGCAGCAGCAGCAACAUCUGGCUGGGCUAUUACCUCAUGGACCUAAGGGGACAGGGCCCCUGGGGCUUCAGCCGGAUGUCACCCCCCGGCCACAACCAGAGCAGGAGACCCACUGUCAAACAACCAAACAAGAAAACCAGCUUCCCCACCUCCAGGAUGUUACUCUAUACAUCAAUGAUCCCCAUGUCCAGAGUACCUCCAUCUGCAUCCAGGCCUUCUACAGGGUCACUAAGGAACUGAGGGAGAAGGGCCUGCUCGGGGUUCUGGAGCCACUGAAGGACAUAGUUCACACAGCCAAGCUGACUUGCUGAAUUUCAGCUCUCCCGGACCUGUUUAUCUGCUGGAGCAUAAUCAAGGAGAUGCAGGAUGGGGUGGCUGGUGGUGCAGAAUUGGAUUACCUGGAUCAGUUUAGCAUCACUGUAGCCAAUCCCCUCUGCCAGUGCUCAGAUUCCAUGUGCAUCCUUGUGGAAGUCCCGGCUAAGAUUCAAAAGGGACCUGAUAACACCAAUGAGGCAAAGACACCGUAG